AUGCCCCUCGUCCCCACUACAACUAUACUCUCGGUUGCAGCCUGCUUAGUAAGACUACCGCUAUCGCAAAAGAUCCACUCGGCGCCUAACCUCCGUGAUGCCGAUAAUUCUUCCUCCGCCGUGAUCGUGACCCGGCGAUCCGCCUCCGACUCUAUUGAAGAUCCGACGCCGCCGACUCCUCCGAUUGAGCUUCAAUUCCUUGAUUCCAGAUCAAAAAAUUUGUCUCCACUACCGUCCAAUCCAUCACGACCGACCCUAAGCUCCACGAAUUCGUCCUCCUCGACAUCAGGUUCAUAUUUUACCGCUCACAAGCUGUCACGUCGACAGCGCAUAAUUCAUACGAUGGCGGUGCAUCAGUGGACAAGACAAGAAAAGUUCAAGCGCGGUGUUUGGGCUGUUGCCUUUGCAGCAUGCAUUUUUGCCGGCACCAUCACGGGCGCACAACUAAAGACAGACAACGAGAAGAAAGAGGCAAUUCAAGAGUUUCGGGCGACAUCCCCCAACGAGCAAAUAGCUGCUCUCCUAUCCCAACGAAAAACUUUGGUAUCACAGAAGGCUGUUCUCCAAAGGAAAAUGGAUGACUUCGAAGUCCGUGUCAAGGAACGCGAGGCUGAGAAGGCAAGAGAAAAGGAAAGCCCAUGA